UGAGGAGUUGCUGGCAAGUGCUUGAACGGCUCAGGAGUAACAGUUGAGCAAGCAAGCUGUAUGUGAUGGUGACCUAAAACGGAAUCAGUUUUUUAACAUAUACUGUGUAUAGGAUGUUAUCUUUGUGUUUUGGAUAUGCUUUUGCACUUAUCUCUCUGAAGUAUCCCGAAAUUGUAUGCCCUGUAUAUUUACAUUCAAAGCCAUCAGCUCGCAAGUCAUCUUUUCAGUGAAAAUUCCAAUGAUGGAUAUAUCGAUCAGUUUACCUAUCAAUUGAAAUCUUUCACUUUUGAGUAAUGUUUUUUCUUUAUGGAAUUUAAUAAUGUAACUUUUCAGAAAUUGUUCUGAAGUUGGGAUUUCCCACAAUAUCAGUAUGACAUGACUCUCAUAUCAAAUAUGAUGUCUCUAUUCAUUAUGAAGAAAAAGAGGUUCAAGUUUAAUGUUAACUUCAGACUUGAAGAGUUGUCCUCAGUUCCAUUCAUAAGUGGAUUGCUCUUUGCUAAAAUUCGACUCUUGGAUGGAGGAAACUUCUCGGAUCAAAGCACAAGGGAAGAAAUCAAGAAUCACAGUGUAUCAUGGAGGACUUCGUACAAUUUCCAAUGCAAAGUAACAGCCAAUGCCAGCACUGGGUUUCUGGACCCCUGUGUGUGCCGAGUCUCUGUGCGGAUGGAUCAGAAGGGAGGGAAGGCGUACCAGAAGCUGGGCUUUGUGGACAUUAAUCUGUCCGAGUUUGCUGGAUCUGGACACCAGACCAGGAAAUUCCUGUUAGAAGGGUAUGACUCCAAGCAUCGGCAAGACAACUCAACCAUUGAACUCACUUUGGAGAUGACCUUGAUCUCUGGUGACCCAGUUUUUAAAGUCCCACGUCACACCACUAAGUGGUAUGCACAGUACCAGCCAGCUGUCCGUAUAGAGGAGUGUAGUGAGGGCAGCCUGGCCUCUAACAGUGCCAGUAGUGGGUGUGGAAGUCUACCUCGCAAGGACCUCCCAAAUAUCAUAACAGAUUCUGCUGAGGUUGAUUUAAACCCCCAGAAUCCCGACA